CAUGUUUUCCCUCCGCGCCGGUCCCAGUCGCAUUGCUUUCUGUUCACGGUCAUUACGCCCGCCAUCGCACGCGUCAUGGCUCCGCGGAAUCCACGACACGGUCCGAGGCGCGACGCCCGAUGGCACGCCGUAUAAGGUCACGCUGAAAAGCCCCAAAGUUGUGGGCAUUCACACGUCGCGCGGCGACCGGCCAUACCAAGAGGACGCGACUGCAGUUUGCGCCAUUGACAUCGACCGCAGGGAACUGCUCGACUCGCUGCCGCGCGGGACACAGUGGUAUGGCGGCUCGGAACCCGGUGCGGAAGAGGUCACAUUCGUGGGCAUCUUUGACGGCCACGGCGGACCUUAUGUGUCCCAGUUUUUACGCGAUAAUCUCGCCGGCAUCAUCGAAUCCGUCACGCCCGACGACAUCCCAGACGCUGUCCAAGCUACAGAGGAUUUGGGCGGCUACUUCCGCCGCUGGAGGGGCGGCGCGCUGUCCCGUUGGACGAAGUGGGCGUCCGAGCCGGCCGACAAGGAGAAGGACCGAUUGACCAUUGACGAACGAUUGACACUCGCAUACUUGAAGGCUGACCAUCGCGUCCACGCGGAAACGAAGAAUGGCGCUCAGCACUGUGGCUCAACGGCCUCAGUAGUCUUGAUCCAGAGCCUCGACAAGCCGUCACAGCCGCAUUUUGCGAGUCAAAAGCUGCACCUCACUAUUGCCCAGGUCGGUGACACCCGCGUGCUCCUAUGCGACACUGCUCUCGGAGAAGUCUGGGCACUUACAGACCGGCACCACGCCGAAGCGCGCGUUGAGGCCGAUAGGUUGCGUCGAAUGGGUACGGACAAGCUCAUCAGCGACUCGUUCGGGGAGACGCGGUGGAUGGGUGCCAUCGAGAAUACACGAGGCUUUGGUGACUUUGAGUGGAAGUCGUCCGGCGUUACCGUCGAGCCAGAAGUGACCCAUCGCGUCGUCAACGGUAGUGACUACGCUUACCUCGUGUUUGUGACGGACGGCCUCACGUCACUGUUGUCAGACCAGGAGCUUGUGGACCUUGCGCGCCGGUCGGCCGACCCUACGAGGGCGGCUAAGACGAUCGUGCAUUUCGGCGAAGACCUAGGCGCGCAGGACAACUGCACGUGUAUUGUUGUUCCAUUGGCUGGUUGGGGCAACAUUGGCGGAGAGGACACAACGGAGACGCGCCGCGAGUACCGCCGCUCCCAGGCCAGCCGCCUCAACACGCGCAUGCAGCGCAUGUAGACUUUGCUCUUGUAGCAUACACAUAGUGCUUUGAUCCCAAUACUUGCAUCGACGGUGCAUAAAUCGUGCUAUCCUCG